GAUGCAUCAAAGACUAGUAGUAAUAUGACGUCGUCAGCAACAGCGACAACACGAGGCGUGGUACAAGCAAAGAAAAUAGUUACCGCCAAAGGAACCACAACGACGAUCAUCGAUGAGUGCGGAGGGCUGGACGGUAUCGCAGCACAGGUGAAUGUCAACUCGUCACCAUCACCUCUGCCCAGUGCCAACAAUACAAACGUCAAAUUUCCGGCACCUCCACCGCCGGUUAUGAACGCUAAUGUUUCAAGAGUUAAUGUCAGUCGUGCUCACUAA